CACAAACCAGUAAAGCAUUUAAAGACAGUACGACAGGACGCUUCAUCAUGCAGUGCCCACAAUCUCCAGGGCGUAUGCUAUCAGAGGAGCAGUUCUCCUGCUCCAUCUGUCUGGAGGUGUUUUUGGAGCCCGUCUCCACUCCAUGUGGUCACACCUUCUGUAAGGCAUGUCUGCAGGGCUUCUGGAACCACAGCAAGAAGUUUCUUUGCCCCAUGUGCAAGAAAACGUUCUCCAGAAAACCAGAGCUCAGCGUCAACUGUGUGCUGGCUGAGAUCGCCGAACAGUUCCAGGGUCUGACGACGCUGUCUUCAGCUGGAGGUGAUGCGGUCAACACUGGGUUUGCAAACUCAAACCCAGCAAUUAAGGAAGACGAUUGGGGAGACUUUGCUAAAGCAGGAGACAUACCUUGUGAUGCCUGCAUUGGUAGGAAGAUGAAAGCCAUGAAGUCAUGUCUGAACUGCCCAGGCUCUUUCUGUGAAGCCCAUCUGAGGCAGCAUAAGAAGGGGAAAACGAUGGCCUCGCACAAGCUGGUGGACCCCAUACACAACCUGGAGGACAAGAUGUGCAAGAAACAUGAACGCCUCCUAGAUGCCUACUGCCGAAACGAACAUGUGUGCGUGUGCAAGGAGUGUGUGGAGACAACACACAAAUCACACAAUGUUGUCUCCACUGAACGAGAGUGGAAGAAGAUAUCGGGUCAGCUGGGCAAGAAAAGGUCAGAACUGAAACAUCUAAUCAAGGAGCGAGCUAAGAAACUCGAGGAGAUCAAGCAGUCCAUCAAAGUUAUCAAAGAGAACAGUCAGAAGGAGAUGGAGGAGAGCUGGGCGGUGUAUGCAGAGCUGCAGAGGUUGUUGGAGCAGUCGCAGGCGCAGCUGCUGGAGCUCAUUGCAACAAGACAGAAACAGGCGGAGCAGCACGCCAGAGAACUCGCCAGUGGCCUGGAGCAAGAGCUCAACACAUUAAGGAAGAGGAGCAGUGAGCUCGACGCUUUGGCUCAGACACAAGACAAAGUGCUGUUCUUACAGUUUCUUCCCUCUCUUCCUCCUGCGCCGGAGCCGUCUGAUUGGUCAGCAGUGUCUGUAAACACGGACCUGUAUGUCAGCACCAUCAGGAAGUCUGUCUGCUCUCUGAUGGACAAGUUCCAAUACGAGGUCAAGCGGCUUUAUGUGAAAGAACUCAGAAAUAUGCAGAACUAUGCCAGUGAGGUGAUCUUCGAUCCUGCGACAGCGCAGCGUGAUCUGUGUCUUUCUGAGGACGGACGGCAGGUGUGCUAUGAGGUGCAGCGCAAGAGCUCAAUAAAUUCAGACACGCCACGGCGCUUCAGCCCGGCGCUGUUUGUCUUGGCGCGUGAGGGCCACUCCUCCGGGAGACACUACUGGGAGGUGGAUGUGGGACACAAGACUGCCUGGACCCUGGGAGUGGCCAGAGGUUCAGUGCGACGCAAAGGGGAGAUCCGUCUCAGUCCAGAGGGUGGUUUCUGGUGUUUGUGGCUGAAGAACGGAGAAGUGAAAGCCCUUACAGGCAACAGGUUUCCUCUGCAUCUCGCCACACUACCACAGAAGGUGGGCAUCUUUCUAGACUAUGAAGCUGGCCAGGUGUCCUUCUUUGAUGUGAAGGGGCACUCUCAUCUCUACACCUUCACUGAUGCUUUUACUGAGAGUAUCUACCCCAUCUUCAGCCCCUGCGUCAACCAGGAUGGAAAGAACCCUGGAGCUCUGAUCAUCACCGCCGUCAAACACAGCUGAGACUGAAAACACACUUGUCGAUUUUUCCUCUGGGGUUUAGGGGGUGUCUCUAUUGUUUUCUGGAUUGUUGCAAGAUUGUUGUGUUACAAAACUUUGGAUUCUGGACAAAUAUAAUGAGCCUGAUCUCAUGACAAUUACGUGACUGUGGUGGCAUUUUUGCAAAAUGAUAUUACAUAGUUUAUUACAUGUAUUGCGGCAAUGUCCACUGUGUGGCGCUAAAAGCUAAUUACAUUUUCCACAAAACAGAUGAAUUUGCUGAAGCAACCAUGUCAUAUUGUGGUUCUUCUGUGACACUUUUGGCUCAAGUGUCGAUUUGCAUGCUCUUCAGGACUCGUACCCUGGUAAUUUGCAUCACAAGUGCAACGCUCUAUCAGUUACCGUGCAAUUUGAUCACAUUUGAACAAUCUUGUAAAUGUGGUUAGCUAUGUAAUGCAAACAUUAAAAUAUAUCGUCUUACGAGUUAUGCACGUAGAGUACAAGUGUUUCAAUGUUAUAAGAUAGCAUUGUGUGAGGAACAGGGUGAAAGUACGUGUUUAUGAACUGAUAAUCUGCAAUUCUAGUGUCUCUCAAACCGCCGCAUUACAUACAAUGGGCCACAUAAAAAUCAUUUUGCAAAAAUGUAGGUAUAGUAACGUUAUUUUCUAAGACCAGGCCAAAUAUAACCCUUUUAAGUUGUGAGUUCACUCUAAUAAUGUGGCAAGGAGCGCCAUUUGAAAACACAGGACAUGAACCAGCAUGUAUUUAGCGUGAGAAGACUGCAAGUUACUUUAAAAGAUCCAGAGAGUUGCAUGCAUACACAUAUUUCAGGGCAACAUGCUGUACUAUAAUUGAAUAUUGUGAGAGUUUUCAGACUUUUGUGUAUAAUUAUUAACUAUAAUAUCUUUGCAGUAUCCACAUUAUUUGGUUUUAAAUUACUUAUCAAAUGACAAUAUGCAUAAGCUAAAUGGUGAAUAAAUCAACUGUAUACAGUGAGGGUUCAAAAGUCUGCAACCACUAGUGACAAUUUAAACCCGAUCUCAUAACAAGUUAUAAUAAUAGUAUGAGAUGGCGAAAUCAUAUGAAAUCAUACAAGUUGGCUCGUAUAAAAACUUAUGACUUUUACUCCCAUAGAGAAAGAUAAAAAAAACAACAAAUUAUGUUACUACAGUUUUUUCUAAGUAAACCGCUAAUCUCAACCUAAACCUAACCAUGACGGCCCCUGACCUUGAGUAUAAUAGAUUUAACAUGGUCAAUGUCUUCAGGGUUGGGAGGGUUACUUUUGAAAUAUAUUCCACUACAGAUUACAGAAUACUGUAUGUAUAAAUGUUUUCCAUCUGAAAGGACUAAAUAUUAAAUGAAACAAAUGACAAUAAAAUGCAAAUUAAUCUCUUCAGUAAUCAAAAUACUUUUUGAAUGUAACUGUAUUUUAAAUACCAAUUAUUUAAACUGUAACUGUAGUGGAAUACAGUUACUUAUAUUUUGUAUUUUAAAUACGUAAUCCCGUUGCAUGUAUUCUGUUACUCCCCAACACUGAAUGUCUCAAAUUUGUUGAUAGAGGUCUCAGACGUUUGCACCCCAUUGUAUGUCAGAUCGAAUAUAUAUUUGAUGUGUUGAUUAUGAUUGUAUUUUUGCUCAGGGUAACAUAAUGUUUUUUUUUUUCUAAAGGUUUUCUAUGAGCUUUUCAUAACUUUUCAA